AUGAUCUGCUCCCCGCCGCGGCUAGCAGAGAUGGUCAUUAAAUUCAAAUAUGGGCAUCAAUCGGUCCUCCUCCCUCAUCAAUUAACCAAUCUAAAGAUUCUCAAACUCCACGACUUUAGUUUCAUGGAAUCUCCUUGUCUCGAUCCAAUGGUCAAUUUGAGGGUGCUCUCUUUGACCCACUUCGCCGUCGAUGGCGGCCGAUUUCUCAACGGCAUCAUCGGCGACGCCCCUCUCUUUGAAGAAUUGACUCUGGGCUACAUGGAUUACUUGAACAGGCGAUCAGAAGAAACCGACAUGCUUGAAGUUUGUAACCAUCCCAACCUGAAAUCCAUCACUGUCCGGAGAUGCCCUUCACCCAAUUGA